AUGAGUGAAGCUGUGUUUUCAGCUCAGCCGCCUGUACAGCAGGAGACCAGAAAUGCUCCAGUGUCUGUGGAGGAGCAGCCCAUCCAGUCCGAUUGGAAGAGACCACACUGCAUUACUCCAUCUAGCCAAGAGUUUAAGAACAGACUUCUUACAGAAAAGAGAAAUGACAUUUAUAUACCAAAGGACAAGUCUCAGAGGAAACGUUUAGCACUACUGAUCACCAACAUACAAUUCAGCAAUGAAGAGGACAACAGGUACGGAGCAGAGAAAGAUGAGGCGAACAUGGAGUGGCUGCUGACAGCUUUGGGUUACAGAGUUGAGAAAUACAGAAAUCUCUCUGGAUGGCAAAUAGAUGCUGCAGUCAGGAACUUUGCUGCAUCUCCCGGCCAUAGAGACUCGGACAGCACCUUUGUGGUUCUGAUGUCUCAUGGGGACAUAAUCCAAAAUAAAGAUGCCAUUUUAGGUGUCAACUAUCAUCGCCAGCGAAACCCCAAAGAUUACUUCUUUGUUGACGACAUCUUCACCCAUCUGAAUUCAGUGAAUUGUCCUGCUCUGAUUGAUAAACCAAAGGUUAUUCUGAUCCAAGCCUGCAGAGGAGGUAACUUAGGAGGUGUGGAAAUACAGUCAGAUGCCAUUGUGCACAUUGAGAAAGACUUUGUCUGUUUUAAGUCCUGCCUCCCUGAUAUCGUUGCAUACAGGAAUAUUUUGGAGGGAAGUUAUUUUAUCUGUUACAUACUGGAGGUGUUCUGUAAACUGGCUCAUAUUGAUGACAUUAUGGAGUUGUUCAGGAGGGUCACCUCAUGCAUGGCGACAGACCCACGAUUCAGACAAUCAGAGAGUAAACUAAUGCCGUGUAUUGACAGGACAUCCCUUCCAAAGAAAUUCUACCUGUUCCCUGGACUCUGAGGAUGUGUGGUUUAAAAUAAAUUUAAGGCAAGACACCACAGGUUAAUAGCAAGGCAUUGUCUAAAUUAGAAUAUAUUUCCAGACCAGAAAUCUGAACAUUGGAUGAAGUCUGGUUCAAAACUUAUUUUGAGAUAUGAUUUUGAGAUUUUUAUUGUAAAUGAAAUCUACAAAAUAAAUAGAUAAACUGUAAUGAAAAGCAAAACAAACCAAAAUCUCAGGACCAGUGAACGACAAAUCUGGUUACUGAUUGUGUCUUGCCUUAAAUCAAGAUAAAGAGGCCUUAUGUGCAAAAACACAAUCUAAAUAUAUACAGGCAGUAUAUUGCAUGCAAUUAUCAGUCACAGUAUAUACAUUUAUUUUACUUUUUUAAUCUCAUUUAAUGACAUUUUCUCAUAUACUUUGCUAAUGUCAUAUUACUUUAUUAACCGUUUAACUGCUAAGAAGUUUUUUCCAUCCAAAAUAGUGUCAUUGUGCACUACUUCUUUCAUCAGAUAGCUUGUUAUAAGAAUAUUUGCUUUUCUUUUUCAGAUAACUUUGAUAAAAAGUUCAAAUUAAUCAAUAAAGCUUUACAAAUUUGUUACCA